AUGGCAACGCUCACUCUGGGCCAGAUGCUGGAGGCUGCCCUGGGGUCAUCGAGAGAUGGACUCGUUGACUUUGAGCAGCUGCACAACCUCCUGAACGCGAUGCUUUUGCACCUGGGCCUGCGGGAUCUGCUUGUCCAGGAGAAUGGGGAACCACUGGAGGGGGCCGAGGAAAGCCCUUUCUCUUUCCUUAAGGAGUUAAAGCAGAAAGUGGAAGCCAAUGAAAAAGAAAUCGCUGAGGUGCGGGCUCUUUGCCAGGAGCUGCGUGAGGAGGUCAAUGUGGUGAAGGAGGAGCAGUCCCACAUGGCAGAGGACAUGCAGUAUAUGCUGCAGAAUUUGGACAUGGAAGGAUUCCAGAACAUGCUGAAGGAGCUCUGUAACCAGAUGAUGGAGUCUCUCAUGUCUGCCAUGAAGGAGAUGAUGCAGGGCGGCCAAGGCUCAGACAAGCAGAAGCACGCUGGCUCCAGGCAUCUGGCCCCAGACUCGACUGAUGACCCAGAGCUGAUUGUCAUCGGCAACGAAAUUACCCUGGUGGAAAAGCCCAGGACACCCAGGCACGGGGACGGGCGGGCUGCCAGCCCUCUGCCCCCCGACGCCAGGACACCGGGCAGAGGGAAGGAGGAGAAUGCCAGCAGCGACCUGCUCCCCGCUGGGGAAGAUGCCACGGGACAGAACGUGGAACAGAGUGACAGGGGACGGAGUGGCACGGCACGGAGGGGCUUGGGGUGGAGUAUGGGGCAGAAUUACAUGGGACGGAGUGUGGGACAGAGGGACAUGAGACGAAACGUGCAAUGGAGCGACGCAGGACAGGAGGACAUGGGACAGGAGGACAUGGGACAGAUCAAGGAUGAAGAGAUCGAGGUACACAUCUCUACGGUAGAGGAUCUUCCCAGCCCCUCUCAGGGCGGUCCCUCUGAGAUGACCAGCAUGGAAGAGAUCAAGGAAGAAGACACCAAGAUGAGCAUCUCCGAGGCUCCUCCCCACAGUCAGAAAAAGAGUUUGGAUGGCAGUUUCACCACCUCAGGAACGCAUCCAAGAGCGCCUGGCACCCACCUCCCAGUGCAGCGGGUGCAGUCAGUACGAGGCCACCCAGGAUCCCAGAACCUCUGGGUCCCAGCCGAGAGCAUGGCUGGGACAAGCAGGGGCAGUAGGCUAACAGCAUCCAAGGAGGCACGUGGAAGAGGCAUCAGGAUGGAGGCAUUCCCAGCUGAAGCUGGAAUGAUGCUCCUAAAGGUGCCCUCUUCCGAGUACACACCUUGUGACCAGCUUGUGCAGUUGCCUGGCCGACACUCUGAGGCCAUCUCGGCCACGCCACCGCCAUCCCCCGGCUUCUCCAUGCGCCUGCCCCGCGCUCGCAGGCAGCACCGAGUCCAGGAGCACAGGGAGCAGCCCGUGGAGGGGUACUCCCGCAGACCACCGCUGUACUCCGGGGGCAAACACACCAGCGUCAGCCCCGUGAAGCCCAUGAAACCACUCCUUCCAAACCCCAACGAGCCCGGCACGUUCGAACUGAUGGGCAGGGAUGGAGUCGUGUACCGGGGCCGGACUCCCCCGGGGAUGGACUGAGCAAGUGGCUCCAGCCUGCAGAAAUAAAGGGUGACCAGCA